CAGCUGUUUCGGGAAAUGGAAUACGUAACUUUUGUUUAUUUUUUUUCAACUUUUUGCAAUGAGUUUUGCAAGAAUUCCCAUUCCCUUUCUCACUUGUCGAUCAUUGGCUUGGUCAACAGCAAAGCGCACGGCGACCACCACACCAUGCGAAGUCCGAAUCGUGGAAGUAGGGCCGCGAGAUGGUCUCCAGAAUGAACCCAAGUUGCUGCCGGCAGCUACCAAAAUUGAACUGAUCAAUCGGUUAUCCGGAACAGGCCUGAAAACCAUUGAGGCCACCAGCUUUGUGAGCGCAAAGUGGGUGCCCCAGAUGGGUGACAAUGCGGAGGUGCUGCGGGGAAUCAGCAAAGUUCGCGGGAUCAGCUACCCUGUGCUCACGCCCAAUAUUAAGGGAUUCGAGAGUGCCCUGGCGGCGGGUGCCGAGGAAGUGGCCGUUUUUGGAGCAGCCUCUGAUGCAUUUUCCCUGAAAAAUGUUAAUGCCACGGCUGCGCAGGCCAUCGAACGCUUCAGGCCUGUGCUGAAGGCAGCCAAAGAGAACGGGGUACGUGUCCGGGGAUAUGUGUCCACCAUUGUUGGCUGUCCAUACGAGGGCGCCAUUGCCCCGUCUGCCGUGGUCAAGGUGGUGGAGGCGCUAUAUGAAAUGGGCUGCUACGAGAUUUCCCUGGGCGAUACCAUCGGCGUAGGUACUCCCGGCAGCAUGCGCCGAAUGUUGGACGAAGUGACGAGGGCGGUUCCCGCUAAAGAUCUGGCUGUGCACUGCCACGACACAUACGGCCAGGCGCUGUCCAACAUCUUGGUCUCCUUGGAUUACGGCAUUCGUGUGGUGGAUGCCUCAGUCUCCGGCCUGGGCGGAUGCCCCUACGCCAGGGGAGCCUCGGGAAAUGCUGCCACCGAGGACGUAGUCUACAUGCUGCAUGGCAUGGGACUCCAAACGAGUGUUGACCUGGACAAACUCAUCCAAGUAGGUCGGUACAUCUGCACUGAGCUGGGCAGGCCGUCCGAGUCUAAGGUCAACCGUGCCUGGAAGGGACCUCAGUGAUGUCUGCUGCAUCGGAUUAAAAAUGAAAUCGUUGGCAUUUACUAGCACUAGCUAAAUACAUUUAUUUGUCGCUGCAAUAUUAAA